AUGGCGAAGAAUGAAGAAGAUUCAGAACCAGAAACGGAUUCAGAAGAAGAAGACAUUACAAAACUUCUUGAACCAUUUACUAAACAACAAUUAAUUUCCAUUAUUCAUUCAAUCUCAACAAAAAACACAAAAAUCUUUUCAGAAAUUCAACAAAUCGCAGAUAAAAACCCAUCUCAUCUUAAAAUUUUCAUUCAUGGACUCGCUCUAGAAACCACACCAGAUAAUCUCAAACAAAUUUUUUCAAGUUACGGUGAAAUUGAAGAUUGUAAUGUUGUUAUUGAUAACAAAGGGAAAUUCCUCACAUCAAGACGUUGUUAUGGAUUCAUAUUAUACAAACACAGAAAAUCUGUGACUAAAGCAUUAAAAAAAACGAUUAAAAAUAUUGGGAGUCGAAUUACAGCUUGUAAUUUAGCUUCUUCUGGACCUAUACAUAUUCCUCAGUGGGCAAUGCGAGAAGAAAUUCUGCAGAGGAAGAUCUUUGUAGGUAAUGUUAACAAUUCUCAUUUUGAAAUUACUGCUGAAAAAUUGUAUAGGUUUUUUUCUAAGUAUGGGGAAAUUGAGGAAGGUCCAUUUGGAUUUGAUAAAUACACUGGGGAACCUAAAGGCUAUGCUUUGUUUAUAUAUAAAACUGUUGAUGGAGUAAGAAAGGCUUUGGAAGAACCUGUUAAGAACUUUAAUGGACAUCCACUAUAUUGCGAAAUAGCUACUUGUUGUUAUAUGAAUAAGCAGAAAUUGGGUUCUUAUGAGGAGCGAAAAUCUGGUUCUGAUUCUUUUUCCACUGAAAAUUUUACUUCCAAGAGUGACUUGUAUAAUGCACCUAAGAUGCCAUCUGCUGGUAGGAUUCCAAAUGUGGGAGCUCUUGGAAUGAGGAAGCAAAAAUCUGGUACUAGUUCUGAAAAUUUAACCUCGAAGAAUGAUGGGUAUAAUGCACCUAAGAUGCCAUGUGCUGGUAGGAAACCAAGAGUGGGAGAUUUUGGAAUACGGAAUCGGGUUGGUGAAACACGACGUUAUCAAGGUAAUAUUUCAGCCCAGAUUGGACCUUCUGGACAUGGUCAUGUUAUGAGACCUGCAUUGGUGCGGACAAGAUUUGUUCUCUUUUCCUUGCACUUCAUCCUGCCAGCAUUUUCUGGGGUAACUGUCGUAAUAUAUGGUCCAGUCCUCUACUUGUUCUCUGUUACAUUUGAACCUACGUUUAAACUUCGUAGUACAGAAUGCAUAGGUUCCGUACUCUCCAUCAGUGAUGCAGUAAGAAGCUUGAAGGUCAAUAUCAAGUUGGAUGGUCUUGGACUCUUGGAGGUAUCAUUCACUUGCGCAUUGAGGAGAAUCCUCAUUAACUAA